AUGCAGCCCUGGGCGGAACAGGUUGCAGAAGCGACCGACGGUCGCGUAACUGUCCGCAUCCUGCCAAAGCCGCUCGGACCGCCUCCGGCGCAUUACGAUCUUGCCGCCGAUGGCGUUGCCGAUAUCACUUACGGCCUGCACUCCUUCACGCGCGAUGACCGUUUCCUGCGAUCCCGCAUCGGCCAGUUCUCCUUCAUCGCCGACACGGCAACCGAGGGCUCGAAGGCCUACUGGGAUGUCUAUGCGGGAAAACUCGACGCGCAGGACGAACAUCAGGGCACCAAAUUGCUGGGUCUCUGGAUCCACGGCCCGGGCAUGUUCCACAACAACCAGCGCAAGAUCGAAACCCCCGGGGAUUUCUCCGGCCUGAAGAUCAGGACCCCGGGCGGCUACAUCGCCGACCUGUCGCAGGACCUCGGCAUAACCACCCAGUUCAUGGGACCGGGUGAAGUCUACGAAAAGCUCUCCAGAGGUGUGAUCGACGGAGUGACCUUCCCGGUCGAAGCCCUUCAGGCCUUCAAGCUCACGGACUACAUCAAGUCUUCGAUGAAGGUUCCCGGUGGUAUCUACAACACGUCCUGGUUCAUGGUGAUGAACGAGGAUAUCUGGGACGGCCUGUCGGACGAAGACAAGGCGGCAAUUGAAAAGGUAUCCGGUGCAGCGCUCGCCGAGCUUGCCGGCAGUGUCUGGGAUGGUUCCGAUGCGCGGGGCGCAGACUACAUCUCCGACAAGGAAAUUGAGGUCUAUGACGCUCCUGCACCGGUUCUGGACAAGAUCAGGGAAUUGGCAGCCAAACACGAAGCCGCCUGGGCCGAUGCCGUGAAGGAAACAGGAUUUGACGGUGCUGCCGCGCUAGCCGAUAUGCGCGACCAGACAGGUAUCAGCAACUGA